AUCCCUUCGAUUCAAUUCCCUUUCGGUUCCGAAGACGAUCGAAUCGAACGCAGCACCCCCUUCCCCCGCCGCCGGCAGAUUACUUUCUACCCAUUUUUUGAUUUGUAUUUUAGUUUCAGGCGAUGGGUUCGAUCGGCAAGAAUGGUGGAACGGUGACUCCUUCAACUGGAUCUAGAUCGAAGAUUCAAGAAGUUUCGAGGCACUCUGAGAAUACGAAUCCGAAUCUCAACGAUUCUUCAAUUAGCCCAGUUCCAAAGCCUUCGAAAUCCUCUCCUUCGAUCAAGUCUUCAAAGGCGGCUCAGAAAUCUGCCGCCAAAAACCCUACUCUGGUUUUGAACUCCCCAAGGUACAAGAUCAGGGAGAGGAAAUUCGUGGUGGCUAAAAAGAAUUCGAAGAGGGAGAAAUCAGGGAGUGAUGCGAAAAAGUGUUUGUCUACAGCCUACGAGACUCUGAGGGCUUCUCAAGAGGAGUUUUUCAAGAAUCAGAGCGGUGCAGUUGAAGAGAACGAGGAGUCGGAGCAGUUCAAUGGAUCAAUUAGGGCUGAGAUUGAACUUGAAGAAGAGAUGGAGAGGAAAUUGAUGAUUGAAGACCUCCAAGUUGAAGACAAAGUUGAUGAUGAACAUGAAGGUAAUGGAGCGAGUGAAUCGCCUGAACAAGUGAGCAAUUCGAUGAUCAAGAGACGGAGGGAAAGGCUUCUGGAGACAGCAAGGAACAGUGUUCCAGAAACAGGAUCUGGAAAAGUGAAGCAUUUAGUUAUGGCGUUUGAGAAACUCAGAACUAUACAGGUUCCAAAAGAGUCGGAUCAGAAUGAGGAGAAGCAAUCAGAAAACGCAGAGAAGCCCAUGGAAGAGAAGAAGAAGGUGAUGAAAUGGGCUUUGCCAGGAUUACCUCCUCCAGCGGUUCUUGAAACGCAGACUUCGUCUUCUUCAUUUUGUCCAUCUGAGCUGUUUUUGACAUCAGAAAAUCUCGGUUUGGAUCCUCGAAUUUCAGUUUCAUCUUCUUGGGACGGCUCUCAUGGAAGUAUUUCAAGCAGGACUUCCAAUGCUGGAAGAAGAAGCAGAAGAAAUAGCACCGAAUCGGCUGGCACAAUUGGUGGAAGCAGAUGGAAGAAAAAGCAGCUAAAAGUCACCAGGCAGAAGCCAUUUAAACUCAGAACAGAGCAAAGAGGAAAGGAGAAGGAAGAGGAGUUUAUAAAAAAGGUACAAGAAGCAAUUACAGAGGAGGAGAGACAAAGAAUACCAAUUGCUCAAGGCCUUCCAUGGACAACUGAUGAGCCAGAGUGCCUUGUAAAACCUCCCGUGAAGGAAAUUACAAAACCACUGGAUCUAGUUCUCCAUAGCGAUGUAAGAGCAGUAGAGCGCUCCGAGUUUGAUCAUCAGGUAGCAGAGAAGUUGUCUCUGAUAGAGCGAUACAAGAUGGAAAAAGAGAGACAACAGAAGAUGGCUGAGGAUGAAGAAGUAAGGAGAUUGAGGAAGGAGCUGGUUCCAAAGGCACAACCAAUGCCUUACUUUGAUAGGCCCUUCAUCCCUAGAAGGUCAGCAAAGCUUCCAACAAUACCAAGAGAACCAAGAUUCCAUAUCCCACAGCAGAAGAAGAUCAAGUCCUGCUUGUCCUGGAAUGAUAUGAGCCACUACACAUUCCAAUCAUGAAGAAAACAAUUGAGGGUGUAGAAACAAUUCUGUUAAAAUUUUGUGACAUAAUUCUCUGAAUAAGCAUGUUCUAUCAAGUGUUCGUCUCUAUCUCUUAAUUUUUUUUGGCUUAAUAUUGCUGAUGUAUUCUUUGGCAACCAUUAUAGUUGCUGGCUUACUCAAUAGAGUAUAAGCAUUACGUUGUCCCCCUCAUUAGUCUUGAUGAGACUUUUAAUUUA